AUGUACACUUACAGUGUCCUUGCUCUCACGCUGGUGAGCUAUGUCCUCUGUCAAGGCAUUUACAACCGCUACUUCCAUCCACUCCGCGCAUUUCCCGGCCCUUUCUGGGCCUCGGUGUCCGACUUCUUCAAACUCUGGAUUCUGCACACCAAGCAGGCCCACACGCUGGGUCUGGAAUACCAUCAAAAGUAUGGGAGCAUUGUACGCGCUGCCCCGAACCUCUUGGCAGUUGAUGAUCCGAUGCUCCUACCGCUCAUCUACCAUCGGCGAGUGGACAAGACCGAUGUCUAUACCGUAGGCGUGCUCGGUGAAAUUGCUCCACCUUUCCAAACUCUCAAACACGAGGAGCAUGCUAUCAAGCGCAAGAGGGUUGCCGCCUCGUUCACCUUGACCAACCUGAAGCACCUCGAAGGGCAGGUCGAUGAGCGCAUCGCGCAGUGGACUCAUAUCUUGACGCAGCGGUUUGUGGAGACGGGCGAAGAACUGGACUUUGCUGCCUGGUCCCAAUGGUUUGCGUAUGACAUGAUUUGCCAACUCUCCUUUGGCGAGCCCAUCGGAUUCGUUAGCCAGGGGCGCGACGUGGAGAACCUGAUCGCGAAUUUCCAUCAGAUGGCCCCGUUUGCCGCGGUUGUGGGAGCAUUGCCCUGGCUCGCACGCCCAUUCCUGGAGAAUCCCAUCACGAGAAAGUUUUUCAUGCCCAAGCCGGGUGAUGGGUCGGGCACGGGGAAAAUCAUGGCUUUUCGUGAUCGGCUGCUGGCAGAUCGACUGAAUAACCCUCAGGCUCACAAGCAAGGGGACUUCCUGGACAAUAUUCUGAGCGCAACCAACCCAGAUGGGACCCCGAUCACGCUCGAGGAGGUCAAGACCGAGUGUUUCGUGCUCAUGUUUGCAGCCUCAGACACCACCGCCGCUUUCUUCUGUGGCUUUGUGCGUUAUGUCCUUGAGACGCCUGGGAUAUACGAGCGACUGGUGGCGGAGAUCGACGAGUACGACCAGCGCGGCGACCUCACUUCCCCGGUGCCACGAUACGACGAGAUCAAAGAUAUGCGCUACUUCACAGCCUGCUACAAGGAGACCAUGCGCUAUCAGCCGUCGACCCCGAUGAUCAUUCCGCGCUACGUGUCUCCGGGGGGUCUCACGCUGCACAACCAGCAUAUCCCUGCCGGGACGGAGAUUGGAGCCAACCCGUAUGUGGUGCACCGGAAUCACCGCGUCUUUGGGGAGGAUGCUGAUGUCUUCCGUCCGGACCGCUGGCUGGUGGCCGAUCCGGACCAUAUCGCCCUGAUGGACAAAUGUAUCCUGACCUGGGGAUACGGGACGCGCAUCUGCCUGGGGAAAAACAUCGCCCUGCUGGAGACGUAUAAGCUGCUUGUCCAGUUCUUCCGCCUGUUCAGGCCCCAGAUCAAUAAUGGGACACGACCCAUCUGGAAGCAGGAAAACCUGGCGUUGUUGGUUCAUCACAACUUCUGGAUCAAGAUUGCGAGCAGAAAGCAUUAG